AUUUGUGAAAAGCUCCUUGGCGCCAAACCCUUCUCACUUUCUGAAUCUUCCCGCCAACAAUAACAUCCAAAACUCAUCGCACCUCUCUCUUCACUGUGAAGCCCUACCCACUUGAUCCAUUGACAGAGAGAGAUGGCCGAUGAGCAGUCAGCUGCGGCGGGCAGGCGACGGAGCAGGGGAGCGGAGGCCACGGCUCGAGCAGAAGCCUUGGAACGUUUAAAAGCUCUACGCAGAGGUGGCCGUAGGUCUGAAAAUGGCGGCGGAUACGACGUCAAGGUGGAGACUCCGAUAUUCGACACUGUCUCUGAGGACGACUAUGACAAACUCGUGGCACGCCGUCGCGAGGAGGCGCAAGCCUUCAUUGUCGAUGACGAUGGUCUAGGGUAUGGCGACGAGGGCCAAGAGGAGGACUGGUCCCAGGCCGGCCUUCCUCCAUCAUCUGAUGAAUCGGAUGGCGGCGAGCCAAACACGAGAUCAAAAAGGAAAAAGACAGAAAAGAAAGAGAAAGAGACUCAACAAAAGAAGGUUAAUUCUUCAUUAUCAGCUGCGGCGGCAAUGAUGGGGAAACAAAGAAUAUCGGCGAUGUUCACAUCGACGGUGUUUAAAAAUAAGGAUUCUGGUAAGGUUAAGAGUUUGGAUUGUGAAAAUAUCGUUGAUGAUGUUAUAGCUGAGUUUGCACCUGACGACGCUGAUAGAGAGAGACGCAGAAGGGGCCAGUUGACUCUGAGGAAUUUUAGGCCAAUUAAGACUGAGGGUCAUGUUGUUAGUAACGUUGAUUUGGCGGUUACUACUGAAAUGAACGGGGUUAUCACAAAUAAUGAUGACAGUGUGCUUAAUCUAGGGACCAAUUCUAACGUUGAUGAGAGAAAAGGAUUAAUUAAGGAAGUCAAAGAGGAGAAAGUUGAACAACCGUUUGAUAUGGAAGCUGGUGUAGAAGUGACUGACGAGCAAGUGGAAAAUUCGACUGAAGUGAAAGCGGAGCCAGUGGUGAAGAAGGAGGAGGGUGGGCAUACACUUAAUGCAAAGAUUACAGUGGAGGAGAGAGAUCCUGCUUUAAGUGCAGUUGCUGACUGGCAGGCAGUGAGGAGCGUUGGAAAUGGAAGUGUUGGCAGUGGUACUGAGGAGGUUAAAAGUGGAUCAAGCUAUGAAGAGCAAUCGGACUUUGAGCUUGAGGCUGAUGGAUCGCUGCCCUUUUACAUAAUAGAUGUUCAUGAGGAGGUUUUUGGCGCCAACAUGGGUACCCUCUAUCUCUUCGGGAAGGUCAAAGCAGGAAAUUCUUAUCACAGUUGCUGUGUGGUUGUAAAGAACAUGCAGCGAUGCCUUUAUGCUAUUCCAAAUGGUUCCAUUUUUCAUACUGAAGAGAUGAUUAAGCUGGAGAAAGAAGCUGAAGAGUCACGUAUCUCUCCAUCUGAGUUCCGUAAAAAGCUGCAAGAUGUAGCAUAUGGCCUAAAAAAUGAAAUAGCAAGUCAAUUAUUAACUCUCAAUGUUUCUAGUUUUAGCAUGGCUCCAGUGAAGAGGAGAUAUGCUUUUGAGCGAUCAGACAUACCUACAGGAGAGAAUUAUGUGCUUAAGAUCAACUACCCAUUCAAGGAACCUCCACUUCCAGCAGAUCUAAAAGGAGAAACUUUCUGUGCUUUGCUUGGAACUCAUUGCAGUGCAUUGGAACUUUUUCUUGUCAAAAGGAAGGUAAAGGGACCUUUGUGGCUAUCAGUUUCAAAAUUCUCGGUUUGUCCAGCUUCUCAGAGGGUGAGCUGGUGCAAGUUUGAGAUUAUUGUUGACUCACCAAAAGACAUAAGGGUGUCAUCUUCCUCAAAGAGCACAAUAGAGAUUCCUCCAGUGGUUGUUACAGCAAUAAAUUUGAAAACAGUCAUAAAUGAGAAGCAAAAUAUCAAUGAAAUAGUCUCUGCAUCUCUUAUUUGUUGUCACAAGGCUAAGAUUGACAGUCCCAUGGUGGCCUCAGAAUGGAAGAAACAGGGUAUGCUGAGCCAUUUUACUGUUGUCCGCAAGCUUGAAGGGGGGAUAUUCCCAAUGGGGUUCUCCAAAGAGGUGACUGAAAGGAACACAAAGGCUGGGUCCAAUGUCUUAGGCAUUGAGAGCAGCGAAAGAGCUUUGUUGAAUCGUCUGAUGAUUGCAUUAAACAAAUUGGACAGUGAUGUUCUUGUUGGCCAUAACAUAUCUGGGUUUGACUUGGAUGUUCUACUCCACAGAGCCCAGGCUUGCCGUGUGCCAAGCAGCAUGUGGUCCAAAAUAGGUCGCCUCAAGCGUUCAGUGAUGCCUAAGCUUACAAAAGGAAAUGUUAUGUUUGGUUCUGGAGCAAGUGCAGGGAUUAUGUCAUGCAUUGCUGGUCGACUCUUGUGCGAUACAUAUUUGUCCUCACGUGACCUAUUAAAAGAGGUCAGUUACUCCUUGACACAACUAACGAAGAAUCGUCUGAACAAAGAUAGGAAGGAGAUUGCUCCACAUGAUAUUCCCAAAAUGUUUCAGACGUCAAAAUCCCUUAUUGAACUGAUUGAAUGUGGUGAGACGGAUGCCUGGUUAUCUAUGGAACUCAUGUUUCAUUUGAGUGUUCUUCCACUCACACGUCAGCUGACUAAUAUUAGUGGUAAUCUCUGGGGUAAAACUCUCCAAGGUGCUAGGGCACAGAGAGUAGAGUAUCUUUUAUUGCAUGCAUUUCAUGCAAAGAAGUAUGUGGUACCAGACAAGAAUUCCUUCCAUGUAAAGGAAACAAAAAUGACAAAACGUAGGAUAAAUCAUGGUGUUGAGGAAAGAAAUGCAGAAGAAUUGGAUGCUGAUCAUACCAAUUUUGAUAAUGACGGUCCUGAGAAUGAUCAUGCAAAAGGGAAAAAGGGUCCUGCCUAUGCAGGUGGUCUAGUUUUGGAGCCCAAAAAGGGUUUGUAUGACAAAUAUGUGUUGCUUCUGGACUUCAAUAGUCUUUACCCUUCUAUCAUUCAGGAGUACAAUAUAUGCUUCACAACAAUUGAAAAAUCUGCGGAUGGUUUAGUUCCCCGUCUACCCUCUAGCAAAACAACUGGAGUUCUACCUGAGUUGCUGAAAAAUCUAGUGGAGAGGAGGAGAAUGGUCAAAUCAUGGAUGAAGAAUGUCACUGGUCUCAAGGUCCAGCAGCUUGAUAUUCAGCAACAAGCACUAAAGCUCACUGCAAAUAGCAUGUAUGGAUGCCUUGGAUUUUCCAAUUCAAGAUUUUAUGCAAAGCCUAUUGCGGAGCUUAUAACUCUACAAGGUAGGGAGAUUCUACAGAGCACUGUGGAUCUUGUUCAAAAUAAUUUGAACUUAGAGGUCAUAUAUGGCGAUACAGAUUCAAUCAUGAUAUAUAGUGGACUGGAUGAUAUCACAAAAGCAAAAGCUGUUGCAGGAAAAGUCAUCCAGGAGGUUAACAAGAAGUAUAGAUGUUUAGAAAUUGAUCUUGAUGGAUUGUACAAGAGAAUGCUGCUUCUCAAGAAGAAAAAAUAUGCAGCUGUCAAAUUGCAGUUCAAGGAUGGGACACCAUAUGAGGUUAUUGAACGAAAAGGUCUCGACAUGGUUCGUCGGGACUGGAGCUUGCUAUCAAAGGAAUUGGGAGAUUUCUGCCUUGCUCAAAUCUUGUCUGGGGGGUCAUGUGAAGAUGUAGUUGAAUCAAUACAUAACUCUCUUAUGAAGGUUCAGGAGGAUAUGAGGAAUGGACAAGUAGCACUGGAGAAAUAUGUCAUCACGAAGACACUCACUAAACCACCUGAAGCCUAUCCUGAUGCCAAGAAUCAGCCACAUGUUCUGGUGGCACUGAGAUUGAAGCAAAGUGGCUACACCACUGGUUGCUCUGCUGGUGACACAGUCCCAUAUAUCAUUUGCUGUGAGCAGGGUGCUUCAGGAAAUUUGACAGGAAUUGCUCAACGUGCUAGGCAUCCUGAUGAAUUGAAAUCGGAUGACGGGAAAUGGAUGAUUGACAUAGAUUACUACUUGUCACAACAAAUUCAUCCUGUGGUUUCCCGUUUAUGUGCUUCAAUUCAGGGUACAAGCCCAGAGCGUUUGGCUGAUUGUUUGGGCCUCGACUCAUCCAAGUUCAAAAGUAGAUCAGGUGAAGCCAUCAGCAAUGAUCCUUCGAGCUCACUUUUGUUUGCCGUUAAUGAUGAGGAGAGAUAUGGAAGUUGUGAGCCAUUUAUCUUGUCAUGUCCCAGCUGCUCUAGUACUUUUGAAUGUCCUUCUGUCAUCAGCUCCAUUUGCAAGUCAACCAGUGAAAAUGCAAUAAGACAGCAAGAAGAGGAAUCUAUAUUCAAUUUCUGGCAUAGACUGCGUUGUCCUAAAUGUCCAGAAGAAGGUGAUAUGGGCAGAAUAUAUCCUGCAAUGAUAGCAAACCAGGUGAAAAGGCAAGCGGAGGGGUUUGUUUCUGCGUACUACAAGGGCUUAAUGAUGUGUGAUGAUGAAACUUGCAAACAUAUGACACGCAGCCUUAACUUGCGGCUGGUUGGUGAUGCAGAAAGAGGAACUGUUUGUCCAAACUAUCCUCGCUGUAAUGGCCGUCUAGUAAGAAAGUACACAGAAGCAGAUCUAUACAAGCAGCUUUCAUAUUUCUGCCAUCUACUGGACACCGUACGUGGCAUGGAGCAGAUGGAUGGCAGCACAAGAAUACCAGUGGAGAAAGAGUUGACCAAAAUUCGGCCAAUGGUUGAGUUGGCGGUAUCAACAGUGCAGAAGUUAAGGGAUCGGUGCGCCUACGGGUGGAUAAAGCUAAACGACCUAACUGUCACAGUUUGAGCUGCCAACUCGUGUAAAUAUCACAUGCAUUGCAUACAGCUAAAUAAUAAAGCUCAUUUUAUCAUGUUGUGUACAAAUUUUUACUGCAAUCUUGCAUCCUUGAUAAUUUGAUUUCAGAGCUUAUUAGGUGGGUUCCUGUUACGAUUUGCAGUUAAUUUAAGAAGGGGUCAUCAGAUCUUCAUAGUGAUAUAUCAAAUGUUUAAUUUGUCAUAAUUUUCAAUUUUAGGUGUGGCAACUGGACUAAAUGAUCUCAAGCAUUAGCAUCAUUUUUUCAAAUGAAAACGAAGGGAACAAAAAAUUCAGUUUCC